CGGGAGCCCCGGUGAAGUGGACUUUGACAUUGUGGAGGACGACUCAUCUGACGAGGACUCUGCCAUUGACAUCGACAUCGGGGGUGGGGAGGGGGCCGUGGAGGGGCUGGGGGGGGGAAGUGCGGCCGGGAUCCUCGACCUGCUCAAGGCCAGCAAGGAGGUGGGGGCUCUGGAAUACACGGCCCAGAGCCAGCCCCCAGCUUCCCCCAGCACACAGGAGGCGAUCCAGGGCAUGCUGUGCAUGGCCAACCUGCAGGCGGUCUCGUCCCCGGGCAGCAGCAGCCUGCAGGCGUGGUGGAGCUGCGGACAGGAGCGAGCAGCCGGGCCGUCCGUUGCUGCCACCGCCGCCGCCGCGGGCAAGAGGGGUCGCGGGAGGGGGGAGGCGAGGCCCGAGCCCAGGGGCAGCCCCUCCCCAGACAGCCCGGCCAGCGCUGACGACAGCUACGAUGACCAGGACAGUCUGGGGGCCUGUUUCAAGGACUCCGACUAUGUCUACCCAUCGUUGGAGUCUGACGAGGAAGAUCCGUCCUCACGAGCGCGGAACAGGAAACGACGAAACAGUGACGAUGUCCCCUGGAACCCCAAGGGGAGGAGCCCUCCCCGCAGCGUGGCCCCCACGCUCCCCAGGCACGAGAGGCCGGUCCGCGAGGGGACGCGUGUGGCCUCCAUCGAGACGGGACUGGCAGCGGCAGCGGCCAAACUGGCACAGCAGGAGCAGCAGAAGGUGCAGAAGAAGAAGAGCGGCAAGAAGAAGCCGCCCCCCGUGGCCGAGGAGGAGCCGAUCGCCAAGCCGGCCCCCGCUGGGAGCCCCCCACCCGCCCACCGCCGCCAGCCCCGGCCCCGGCCGUCGAGGCCCGGCCCGAGGUGCUGUUGGGCAGCCUGGUGGACCACGAGUACACGGCGGGCCCCAGCACCUUCGGCCUGCCCCAGCUGGGCCGCGGAUCCACGCCCAUGGCCCCCGGAGUCUUCCUCACGCAGCGCCGGGCCUCCACCUCCUCGCAAGGCAGCCAAUCAGGCAAACGUCCGAAGAAAGGCCUCGCGACGGCGAAGCAACGCCUGGGAAAGAUCUUAAAGAUUCACCGAAACGGGAAACUCUUGCUUUAAAUAUUUUGCUAUUUUGUAUAAUUUUUGAACUCAAGGUGUUUGUAUAUCUCUGUACAGUUAAAUUGUCCCCGACACUAAAUAUUGAGUCCGCCUCCCGACCUCCCCCCCGCCGAGAUCUUCUUUGCCCGUUUCUUGCCAGCCUCUGAUUCGGGGGCGACUGCGUUCAGUAGGAUACAUCGGGUGUGUGUGUGUGAGAUAGAGAGAGGGGUGUGUGUGAGAGAGG